AGUAGCUGUUCUUUGUACCAUGAUGUGGAAUCAGAUGUUGCACCGAAGUAUAAGCGAAUCUAUUACGGAUAUUUUAAGGCAUUUGAGUUUAACCUAUAGUUAUUUUUUAUACAGUGAAAACAAGAAUUAAUUAAAAUGCCAAUUGAUACCCGCGAGCUAAUGGAAGCCAUUGCCAUCAUAGCCGAUGAACGAAAUAUUCGGGUUGCAGUAAAACAAUCAGGAAAAGGAACAGCGAUUUGUGCUGCUUGCUGCUUUGCUGGCGGCCUAUUGAUGGGUCCUGUGGGCUUAGCUGUUGGCGGCGCUGCAGGAGGAAUCGCUGCCUAUAAAAUGACCAGUGGUACAUUUAGGCCGCUGGGAGAAGUUAUAUUGAACGACUUAACUGACUCACAGCGCGAACAGCUGGUGCAACAUGUGACAACAGCCGUAGCCGACGUACGACCAACGGAUUUAGUUAUGUUGGUGCCUUUGAUAACGCAGAAUGCAUCCAUUCAACAGGCAGUACUCAAUACAAUUAUGUCUUUUGUUACAAAUGAGCUAAGGAUGCAGAUCAUUGACUGAUUGAGCUGUUAAAUGCGAGAACGUGAUUUUACCUAUGUAUCAUAAUCCCUUAGAAAU